UCAGAACUUUGAAUAAGAGGGAGUGAGCCUUCACCAAAACACAGACACACACACAGCUCAGUCGUCGCAGAGGUCAAGCUCUCCCUUUCGCCAUGGAAGCUCUGCCAAGCUUAGCUCGAUUACUCCUAGCCUUGACGAUCUUCUCCAGUCUCUCACUUCUUGCUUGCUCCUCUUCGCUUCAGGACCUCCAGAUCGCCAACGCCGAGCGCAGAAUUGACGUGACCUCUCAUAUCAUCAAGGUUUUCUUGACGUUAAAGGUGGAAAAUACUGGCACUUCUCCUGUUUCAGAAGUGCUUCUUGCUUUCCCACCUACACAGGUUGAUCACAUAGCAUCACUCAAAGCAGCUGUUACCAUUGGAAAGAAGAAAAAGAAAAGUUAUGUGCCUCUUGAAGUGAAUCCUACUGAACUACCUGAUGCACCAAAUGGGACUAAGUACUUUAAAAUAUUGUUGCUCAACCCAUUGAGUGCUGGUGAAACUGCAACACUAGAAGUGCUUUAUAUAUUGACACAUUCUCUGGAGCCUUUCCCAGCAGAAAUAAGCCAAUCGGAGUCACAGUUGGUCUAUUACCGGGAUAGUGCAAUAAUAUUGUCUCCUUAUUAUAUUAAGCAACAGACUACUUUUAUAAGAACUCCUAGUACUAAGGUGGAGUCAUUUACUAGAGUAGAACCCACUACACGUGCUGGUACUGAACUGAAGUAUGGACCGUACAAGGAUCGCCCUGCAUACUCAUAUUCUCCAGUUCUUGUUCAUUUUGAGAAUAACAGUCCAUUUGCUGUUGUUGAGGAACUUGUACGUGAGGUGGAAAUAUCUCACUGGGGAAGUCUUCAGAUCACGGAACAUUACACUCUAGCACAUGCUGGUGCUCGACACAAAGGUGUUUUUUCGAGGGUUGAUUAUCAAGGUCGGUCUAGUGGUGUCUCUUCAUUCAAACAUCUCCUAGCAAGACUACCUCCUAGGGUCCAUUCAGUCUUCUACCGAGAUCAAAUUGGGAACAUCUCGUCAUCACAUUUGCGUACAGAUUAUCGAAGGUCAGAUCUUGAAAUUGAACCAAGGUAUCCUUUAUUUGGAGGUUGGAAAGCUACUUUUUUAAUCGGGUAUGGACUACCAUUGCAAGACUUCCUUUUUGAGUCACCUGAUGGCAGGCGAUACCUCAAUUUCACCUUUGGUUGUCCUCUUGCUGAGACGGUGGUAGACAAGUUAACCCUCAAAGUUGUGCUACCAGAGGGAUCGAAAGAUCCAUCUGCUGUGGUUCCUUUUACAGUUGAGCAACAUCUAGAGACCAAAUACUCAUACCUUGAUAUCGUUGGGAGGACAGUGGUCGUUCUUGAGAAGAAAAAUGUAGUUCCGGAGCAUAAUUCUCCUUUCCAGGUCUACUACAGCUUCAACCCAGUUUUCAUGCUGGCAGAACCGCUGAUGUUGAUAUCUGUAUUCUUCUUCCUUUUCAUGGCUAGUGUAGCUUACCUACACGUAGAUUUUUCUAUCAGCAAGUGAUAUAGUAUCUCCUGAAUUAUCAAAGCUUAGAUGACCAAGUGGAGCAGUGCAACCAGGACUCUUGAGUGCCAGUCAUUUUGGAUUUUACUUAUUUCAGUCAAUCAGAUAUAUGAUGUAGCUUACUAUGAGAAAAUUUUGUUGUGCAUUGCCCCGCUUGCUUUAUGAAACUGAACCUAAACCCCACACACUAUAUUGUUGUCUUAGUUUUAGAAACAGAAGGAUACUGAUGUGUUUUGAUAGUGAAACUAUGAUGUUAUAAAUGUAUCUACAUAAUAUGACAGAGGACUUGAAAGCU